AUGUCGGCCACAGCAUCCUCUUCCCCGUCCUCCUACAAGGUGAUGCUGUCCAAGCAUGUCGCCAAUGGCCUGCUCCAGGAGGUCCAGAAAGAGCUCAAGACCCUCGAGAAGCCGCCGCACCUGGUUGGCUUCCUGGCGAACAAUGACCCUGAUGCGUUGAUGUAUGCGCAGUGGACGCAGAAGUCUUACGAGGAACAAGGUACUUGCACUCUUACCUAA